GCUAGCGCCAGCCCACGCCAUCUUGCUCACCACACAAAGUCGGUCUCGUCCCUCCCUCCAGCUUUCCCAGACCAUAUUCUCCCUCUUCCCUUUCCGUGACAGCUUCGUUUCCUGUUCGUUUUGACAUUCUAUUCCCGUCUCUCGUUCAUCACUGUACCCACAAAGGCUCUCCUUUCCCGCCUUUCUCAGCUUCCUUUUCUUUAUCUCCAAGAGAAAACGAAGUCCAACGACCAAAAACAAACACAAUCAACACACGUGGAUAAAGCGUCCAGAUCAAUCACAAUGUACUCCAAGAUCAUCCCCGCCCUCGCGGCCCUUGGUGCCGGUGUUGUGUCCGCCCAGAGCAGCAGCAACAUUUGCUCCUCGGCCACCCUCACCAUCACCGAUGCCGCCAUGGCCACCAACAUCCCUUGCGGCACCAUCAACGGUGCCGUCAAGAUUGCAGAGGACAUAACCGGCAACGUCGACAUCAACGGCCCCAGGACCAUCAAGGGCGACCUGAUCGUUACCAACGUCACUCAGCUUGUUGGCCUCAGCAGCUCCACUCUCGCCUCCGUUGAGGGCACCUUCAAGAUGCAGGGCCUGACUGUCCUCUCUAACCUUCAGUUCACUUCGCUCACCACUGUCGGCUCCAUCGACUGGGUUACUCUGCCUGCCCUCGGCUCCCUCGUCUUCGGUACCGCCGGUGUUACCAAGGUUAACGACAUUCUCAUUAGCGACACCUUCCUCAAGAGCUUGGACGGCCUGAACGUUGCCUCCGUCGACUCCCUCCGUAUCAACAACAACAACCAGCUCGUUUCCUACAGCAACCAGCUGGCUAACGCCACCAAGACCAUCGAGAUCAACUCCAACGGCCCUGACCUGGGCAUCACCCUUCCCAACCUUAUCUGGGCCGGUGAGAUUAUUAUUGCCGAUGCCGCCAAGGUCCAGAUGGACUCCCUUGAGGUUGUCAACGGCUCCAUCAAGUUCGACAAGAACACCUUCACCGAGUUCAUCGCCCCCAACCUGACCGAGACGUCCGAUGGCGAUGUUUCCUUCAUCAACAACGUUGAGCUCACCAACCUGUCGCUGCCCCUUCUUACCAAGACCGGCGGUGGUCUGACCAUCCAGAACAACACCCUGCUCCAGAAGAUCGAUGGCCUUCCCGAGCUUAAGCAGAUUGGCGGCGCCGUCCUCCUCCGUGGCAACUUUACCGAGGUCGCCUUGCCCGCUCUUGAGGACGUCAAGGGUGCCUUCGACACCCAGUCCACCGGCAACAUUGACACCUCUUGCGACAUCUUCAACAAGAUGGACGGCCGCCAGAUCCAGGGUGACUACAAGUGCCGCUCCAACAACACCAAGGCCAACGAGGACGGCGACUCCAACGGCGGCAGCGCCGGCGGCUCCCAGAACGGUAGCGGCAGCGGCUCUGAAGGUGCUGCUGGCAUCGUCUCUGUCAACACCGCCCUUCUCGGCGCCGCCCUUCUUUUCGGGUUCGCUAAGCUGUUGUAAAAGGCUGACACCGGAUAACAUGGGCUCGGAUAAUGGUGGCGUUCUCCAUACAUCUUUCACUGUUUGUGCAAUUUCUUUACUGCAAUUCUGUUUUUACAGCUUGCGAAAAUCCUUCCCCCGCAUUCCCUAGACAGGGAAUCUCCUACGUACAAGGGGAACUUCUAGAUUUAAUACUGGACGACGGGUUGAGAUGUACCGGACCCUAGUCGACUUUUCACUCCUUUUGCGUGAUGAACCAAAAGCACCUACAGGCCAACGCGUCGCGUCGUUGCCAUCGCAUCGCUCGGCUCCGGCCUUGUCGCGCACAAUAUCAUCCCGACUGGACUAUUUUGGGAAUAGAGUUGGCCAAGCGGCAUGUCGGGGCUUGGAUGAUAGAUGGCGAAACACGAACGAUGGGAUGGCAGAUACCUGAUGGAAACAUGAGAUUGAGGGGGCAGGCGGAGGAUCAGGCAACGAAGAUAGAGAGGGUUGUGGUGUGUAUUGAAGAUCCAUGAUGUGUAUACCUU